CAAGUCAUUACUGUUGACGAACUCCGAUCAUUCCCAGAACUCGGAAAUACACACAUGCAAUACACUAUCACACCUUCAAACCCAAAACCAGUUUGUUCAACACCUUCCGCCGGGCGAAGCUGACUUCAAGUGUUUGGGAGAGCUUCCCAAGACAGCAAGUUCAAAAGCCGGCAAGAAGCGCCUGGAAACAAACCACUAUUGAGGCCGGGAAUAGCCACUUUCUGGUGGUUGGUAGCCAGUGAAUGACCUCUGGCCAGAUUCUUACCUGCACACUCAAGUCGGCUUGGGAUUGCCAGUUUUAGAACAGCCUUCAGACCAACCACAUAUCUCUCCGAGGUUUGGAGCAACGAGUAUCGAUUUGAGGUUCUUGGAAUCAAGACCUUAGCCAUGAGAGGCUGUACCAAAUACCUGAUAGGGGCCUUGGCCAUUUGGGCCUGCCUCACCACCAACAUCCAAUGCCAAGAUGAUGACUUGACAUUGACCACAACCAUUGCUUCGCCCACAACCACUGAUUCAGAUGUCACCACAGUGAUACCUGAGGUUAAAAACGCAUCUGAUCCUUCAGAGGAAGUUGAAGCUGACGAGGCGUCUUCAGAGGAAGUUCAAGAUGAUGACGGGUCUUCUUCAGAGGAGGUAGAGGCCACUUCUUCCAUUCCAAGUGAUGGGGAAGAGGGUAGUUCCUCAUCGGAGGAGAGUAAAACUUACGAGGAAAGCGUUGACGAGUUCCCCAAUGCCUCGGAGUCUUCAAACGAGGAAGAUGAGAAUUCCGAAUCGAACAAUGAAGAGCUCAUUGAAAUGGUUCCUGAAGGCGAAGGGGACAAGAAAGAGGGCAAGGAAGAGAUAUGUCUUCAUGAGCUUAGUGGAACCUCCGGUCAAUUCAUCACUCCAAAUUUCCCCGAGGACUAUCCCAAAAAAACUAAUUGUAGUUGGGUCAUCAAGGUUGAUGAAGGACAAAAGGUUUUGCUGACCUUUCAUUUGUUCAAUGUGGAGCAUAAUGGAUACUGCAUCUGGGAUUGGGUCAAAAUCUACGACACCAAUGGCACCAUCAUUCGACACAUUUGUGGCUAUCUCCAACAAGACUUGGUUCUCAAUUCCACUGGCCACAACAUGACAGUCCAAUUUUAUUCGGACGAGGCCGUGACCAGCGCUGGAUUCUUGGCUUCUUGGAAAGCCAUCCCGGAGGCUGAAGAGAUUGCUGAACUGAAACCCAAUCUUAAGAAGGGUUAUCUAUUGAGUUUCCCUCAGAGCUUUACCACAUCCAAGGAAAAUCUGGAAGAAAACGUUUGCCUACAAAUGUUCAAUGUGGAAGCCAGUGGAUCAGUUCAAGUUGGUUUGUAUAACCCGAAAAAUAUCAUUGGUGGUGAGCCAAGUGCCAGUGGAGAGUUCCAACACACCGCUGAGGAAAACCACGUGGUGAAAUGCUUGAAAUUAAGCUUGCCCGCCGAUUACGCGAAAGGAUCGUCCGUUCUUAAGAUUAAUGGAUCUUUUGAAGAUGAUUACAGAUUCGUUUCGUACAAAUCAGUCAGAGCUCUUAACCUGGACCCGAUGUUCCUCGUUCAAACUGACAAGUCAGACUACCGUCCCAAACAGAAAGUGUUUUUCAGGAUCCUGGCUUUGAACUACGAGCUGAAGCCUUCAAAGGUUGACCAAAUCCCUGAGAUUUGGAUCACGGACCCUUCUAAUGCCCGUCUUGCUCAGUGGAAAAAUACUGAUCUGCAAAAUGGUCUGGCCCAACUGGACAUGGAACUGUCAGAGGAGCCUCUUUUGGGAACAUGGACGAUUCACGUCAAGUUCGACGAAGGUCAAGAUCCCAAGAAAUCGACUUUCCUGGUGUCCGAAAAUGUCCUCCCCAAGUUCGAGGUCAAGAUCACCCCACCAAGCAUGCUGAUCCGUGACUCAGAAUUCCACAAUUUCACCGUUUGCGCCAAGUAUACUCAUGGUGAGAGUGUCAAAGGUCUUUUGAAUGUCACCUUUUUCUCAGAGUUUAAGGCUGGAAACUAUUGGCGAGCCCCAACUUUGAAGCAGCAAUAUGUCAAAGUGGUUGAGAAUGUGGAUGAGGACGGUUGCGGUAAAGUUGCUUUGAACACCACUGAAGUAAUUGAAAUGACUAACAAAACCACCAAAAUUGAGGCAUUGGCCUCCUUCACCGAGGCUGUUACUGGAGUUCAACUCAACGCUUCAUGGGAAGGCGAUGUUGAAUUCACGCCUUUCUCCAUUGACUUUGGAGGCAGUGCUGAAGAGCACAUCAUUGGACAGUUUCCGUACGUGGCUGAGGUGUCCGUUCUUCAACACGACCAGACUCCUUUGGAAGACAUUGAACUCGAGGUCUGUGUUAAACUUUACACUAGCUUGGAUAAGCUCAGAGACUACGUCAAUACCAAUAGCUACAAGUUCUAUAGCUAUUCCGAGGAUCAAUACUACGCACUGUCGCAAAAGUUAGCCGAAAUCAAGUAUGAUGAGGCUUGCUCUAACCAUACUACAGAUUCACAAGGGAAAGUUAAGUUUUCUGUCCCCUUGUACGACCUUCCUACUAAUGUCACCAAAUUGGGCGUGCAUGCAGUGGCGAUCAACCAUCCCAAAAACUAUACCACUGGCAUCUAUCAACCUACCAAAAAGUUGGAAGUGAGCCUGACCCAUUCAAAUACUAGCAACGCUUUAACUAUCUACGAAGAGAACAUCACACCAAAACUUUCCUGCGGCAAGAAUGAAAUCAAGGUGUACUUCUCGGCCACUCCCAAUUCUAACGUUGAACUGAACUACUAUGUCAGUAGCGGUGGAGCACUCUUGUUUCAAGGCUCCGAAGACCUGACCACGAGCGAAGAAAACCUUGAGGCCGAGUUCAUUGGAGAGGCUCAGACCAUCAGCUUUGACACACCUAUGCCUGAAAGAAGCACGGUUCUAAAUCGCCAAGUGGUGACAAUUCAAAGGCCGUUCAAAGACGAAGGACUGGUGACUGACAAGAUCAAGGUUCUGAUAUUUACCAGAGAUCAAGAGGGAAACAUUCUGACAACCACCAAGGAAAUGGAAGCCGAGUCUUGUGCCGAUCAACCUGGUUUGGAUUGGAAUGCUGAGAAAUUGAGACCUGGGGAUGCUGCUGAAUUGAAAAUCACUGGAAAACCCGAAGCCUUCUGUGGUUACAGUGUGGUUGAUAAAUCGGUGGAUUUGGUUCCCAAUGACAAUAGCAUUACGCAGCCCAAAAUUCAAAGUUUGAGAGAGAAGAUCUCAAAGAGGCGUGUCGUCAAUGACAAGGUCUUGGGCGAAGGCUGCGAAAAUGGGGCGUUACUCUUCAAGGCCUUUGAAAGAUUGGGCUUGUUUAUUUUGUCCGACCAACUGCUGAUUGAUACAUCUUGCGAUACCCUUAAUGACGUCACUAAUCAAAAAGGCAAAGAAGAUGGCGGUUAUCCUCGGCCUAUUCCCAUCACUGAUGACGGAUUCUUCCAAAACAACUUUGAGGCUGACCGAUUUGUGCAAAAAGAGAUGCCUGUUCAAGAAUUGCAGUUUGCUGUGGGCGGCGCACCUCAACAAGCUGCAUUUGCCGCAUCUGCUGACGUUGCUGAUCAGGCUCAAUCACUUCCAGAAGUGAAAGAGAACGCCUUGGAGUUGCGAGACUAUUUCCCAGAAACCUGGCUUUUUGACAUGAUCAGCUUGGAUACUGAGGGCAAUGGCAAGAUCGAAAUGAACGCACCCCACACCAUCACUGAAUGGGUUGCGGAAGUCAUUUGCAUGGAUCCAACCUCAGGAUUGGGCAUUUCCAACAAAUCUUCUGUUCUUGUAACGCAAGAUUUCUUUGCUGACAUCUACAUGCCUUUUUCCGUGAAACGGGGAGAAAUAUUCCCAGUCAAUGUAUCGGUUUUCAACACCGUGGAGAGACAACUUCCCAUGAAGUUAACCAUCCAAGAAUCCGAGGAUUUCAAGACUGACACUUCUACCUCUGAUGUUUGUCUUGAUGCCAAGGAUAACUCAAUCAAGACCUUCAAUAUUGAGGCCAAGGAGCUGAACGAGGUUAACAUCACUGUUGAAGCCUUAAUCACAGCGCAACCAGAUGGAUCUUGUGGCGAUGCUGGAGAUGCUGAAGGGUUCACUGAUACUCUCGUGAAGCCCAUCCUGGUUAAGCCAGAGGGUUUUCCAGUUGAAAAAGUUCAGUCUGUGUUUGAAUGCAAGGACAAUGCUGAUGAGAGCACUCAGGUUCAGCUUGAAGAGCUAACCUUGCCUGAAGAUUUGGUUGAAGGCUCCGAGCGAGCUUGGUUCAUGGUCACAGGAGAUAUUAUGGCACCCGCUCUUGCUAAUUUGGACAGUCUGGUUCAAUUACCAACCGGCUGUGGAGAACAAACCAUGAUUGGAAUGGCUCCUAAUGUCUACCUUAUGGAAUACAUGCAAGGUAGUGGAAAACUGGAUCCCAAAUUAGAAGUUCGUGCUAAGCGAAAUAUCAAGACCGGAUUUGAAAGGGAACAGGAAUUCCGUCACGAAGAUGGGUCUUAUUCUGUCUGGGGUCCCAAAGAUGGCGCUGAGGGCUCUAUCUGGCUAACCUCUUUUGUGACCAAAGUAUUUUCUCAGGCUACCAAGUUUGUGGAUCUUGAUCAGCAAAAUAUUGGUGUCACUUUGAGAUGGAUCAUGUCGAAACAGAACAAAGAUGGUAGCUUUGCAAAGAGCGGCUAUGUCAUUCAUCAAGAGUUGGCAGGAUCAGAUCAAUCACUCACGGCCUCAGUUUUCAUUACCAUCUUAGAGGCUUACAAAAACAAAGUGGACCAAAUAAACCAAAUGUCCAAUGAUGCUGUUGGAAAGACGCUCUCUUUCCUACAGAGUAACCUUACAGCUGAUAGCGACAUCUACUCUAAGUCUCUGACCACUUACGCAUUCACUCUGUUCAACGAGGUCCGGAAUCAGAUCAAUGAAAUGGCUGAAGAGGCUCCUAAGGCUGAAGAGGCUCCUCAGGCCGCCGAGUUCCUCAAUCAACUGAUUGACGCAGCCAACACUUCAAUUCCCGGCCAACUCUUCUGGUCUCCAGAAAAGGACAAUAAGGCUCUGGCCGUCGAAAUGACUGCUUACAAUAUCCUCAGUUUGACCAUGCAGGGGAAAGUGCCUGAAGCCCUUAAAGCCAUCCGCUGGUUGGCCACCCAAAGAAACUCGCGAGGAGGAUUUGUUUCCACUCAAGACACAAUCGUGGCUCUCCAAGCAAUGUCGUAUUACUCACUCAAGGUCAAGAGCGAAGAGGCCAAUCUGAAUCUAGCCUUGAAGGAGAAUGAAGUGGCCCAUGACCUCACUCUGACCUCCGAUAACUUGCUACUGCUUCAAAAGCAAAAACUCACCACCCUCCCCAGUCAGAUUUCCGCCGAGAUCAACGGUCAAGGCUGCUUCAUGGUUCAAACCGUGUUGAGAUACAAUGUGAAGGAGUCGCCUGAAAAGAAUUCUUUCACGCUUACGGCCAAUCUUGAAGAUGGAAAGGAUCUCAAAGUUUGCGCAUCUUACACCGGCACCAAAGAAAAGACCAACAUGGCCGUCAUCGAGAUCGAAUUGUUGUCUGGAUUCUCGGCCUAUGAAUCCAGUAUUGAGGCCUUGAUCAACGAAGUCGAAGCUCCGGUAAAGAGAUACGAAUACGACGGGGAGAAGGGACACAUUGUCUUGUAUUUUGACGAAAUUCCAAAGACGGAAACUUGCUGGAAGAUCGAGCUGAAAGAGGUGACCAAAAUUGAAGAACUCAAAGCUGCUUUGGUUAAGGUAUAUGACUACUACAAUCAAGAAGACAAGGUGUCCGUGGAAUACAAUCUCCCACGUGCCGAAGUAUAAUUCAGAAAAGGAUCAUAUAAGCUAUCUCACAUACUCGAUAUUUUAACACGCAUUAUGAAAUUCCAUUUAUUUUCAAGAUAAAUAUACGUAAGUUUUAGUUUGAAAA